AUGUCUAGAUCACUUCAUCACUAUAUCAUUGUAUUAUUAUUAUCAUUAGUUCUUGUUGUUGUAUCAUCAAUCAAACAUGUUGAGUCAGGACAAGUGACAAUCAGUGGGAUCAGUAGUGGUGGAUACAUGGCCGUACAAUUCCAUGUAGCCUUCUCAUCAAUAGUAUCCGGUGCUGGUAUAAUAGCAGGUGGACCAUAUUACUGUGCCAACAAUAAUGUAGAGAUUGCACAAGGUGCUUGCAUGGCACAUCCAGAGAGAAUAAGUGUUUCAGAGUUGAUUGAUGCGACAGACUUUGCAGCAUCGACGUUUACGAUUGAUCCAACUUCGAAUAUGGCAAACUCUAGAGUUUGGAUAUACUCUGGUACAAAGGAUACGGUGGUCGUACCGGGAGUUGUAAAGAAGUUGGUGGAGUACUAUCAACAUUACAUCACUGAUAACAGUCGUAUCAACACCACGUUUGAUAUACCAUCUGAGCACUCAUUCGUCACGGACAACUUUGGCAAUCAUUGUGAUUACCUCGGUCCAGCCUACAUCAACAACUGUGGCUUCAACACUGCCUAUGCACUUCUCAACUCGAUCAUCCCCCAAGGUGUCAAUCCACCAUCACCAGUCAACUCAUCCGCUUCAAAUAUUGUUCAACUUGAUCAAGCAUCAUUCAUACCAUAUGGUACCGCACUUGAGGCUAGUCUAUGGGACUAUGCAUUCGCCUAUGUUCCACCACAAUGUCAGAACAAUGAUGGAUCAUGCUCAGUACAUGUUGCAUUCCAUGGAUGUCUACAGACUAUACCAUUGAUAAAUGAUACAUUCUAUAUGAACACAGGAUAUAAUGAGUUGGCAGAUAGUAAUAAUAUGAUAAUAUUGUAUCCUCAGGCACAAGCCAAUCCACUCAAUCCAAGAGGUUGUUUCGAUUGGUGGGGAUUCACUGGUACAGACUAUGCAUCACAACUCGGUGUACAAAUGGCCACUGUCAAAAGAAUGAUUGACCAUCUAUUGACCAACUAUGCCUAA